AUGAACACUUUUGAUGGAUGUGAGACCACUGAUGUGGCUAUCUGCGGAUGCGGACCAACAGGUGCUCUACUAUCGAGCUACCUAGGCCAGAUGUCUAUAAAACACAUCGUGCUCGAGAAGGAAAGCGGGAUAACGACAGAUCCCCGAGGAAUUGCGCUCGACGAAGAUGGGAUUCGUUUGCUCCAAGGGGCUGGGGUAUACAAGCAGAUUUAUACUGAGAUUGGAACUUGCAUGAACAUCUUCAAGUUCAUUGGAGGGACACAGAAAGAUUUCAGUCGGGAGGCAACUGUCGAGAUGGAUUUUUCUACGACAGAAGGAGGCACUGGUCAUGUUGGCUUCAUUUGCCAUAAACAACCAACUCUGGAGAAACACCUCAGAGACGCCAUGGCUUCCUCGGGUUUCUGUCAGCUCAGGUCCAAUUGCACUGUUAUAGAAAUCCAGCAGGAUGAAGACUGGACGUAUUGUCGGUAUCGAGACCGAGAUGGUGAGGUUCGUUCUAUACGAUCCCGGUUCUUCGUCGGGGCCGAUGGCAAGACAGGAUUUACCAGGAAGAACUAUCUUGAGCCUCUAGGGAUACAAAUGGAGCAAGCUCAUGAGUACUUUCAAAUAAAUCCCGGCAUCCCGUGA